AUGCGAGUCGUGGAAAAGACGCGGCACUUGUGGAACCGUGUGGAACAGGGAGUGAGGGACCAUCACAAGAUGAAAACCAGCAGCACAGCCUGGACUUCCAUUUGGGAGAAGGGAGCUGAGAAAAGUCGAAAACCAGGUUGGAACACCAAAAUGCAAAGUGUCAAGUCUUCUCCAUUUUCUGGAGGGCCCAACAACCCCAAGACCUCGACCUACACGAGCAUCUCAGUGUGGAAAGCACAGCUUGUCGGCAGAUGUCCAUGGUAUCCAUGUUGCCAAAAGGCAAGUCAUGGAGCUUGGAAGGUGAUUUGCCGUGAAUUCUUUGGAUGUUCUUGGUGCUGCUCCUUUUCUACAAGCUUUUGUUUGAUCCUAUUUGGAGUUCUUGGAGAGGGCUUGCCUUAG